CCAUUCUCAUCUCAUAGCCGAUUGAAUCGCGCAGAUUUAAACUUAUUUCCAACUCUUUUACUUCUAUUCAGAACUUUCUUUCCAACUAAUCCGGCUCGGAUCCGAAUCAUCGCUCUAAUCAAGUCACUUGUACUUCCAAAUCCCCACAACUCUUUUCAAAAUGGUUUCCAAGACGAUCAUCUUCGCUCUCGCAGCAGCUACUUCCGUCGCCGCACACGGCAAGGUUGCACAGGUCACUGGUGAUCUCGGUGGCAAUGGCACUGCUCUCGCUAUCCAGGGUGCCGUUGUUCCCGGCCCCGGUCCCAACCGCAAGACUGAACUCGACACCACCGUCUUCAAGAGCAAGAACAUCAUGACAGACGGCAUGGGCAAGACAACCGGCGGUGGCAAGGUCCAGGCCGCCGACAUCUCCCAGGCCAUGGCUCUGUCCGGCGACACCCUCCCCCAGGUCUCCUCCACCGGUGGAAGCAUCUCCGGCACCUUCCACGUCGUCACCACCGACGGUGCCGGCCCCCUCCGCGCCGUUCUCGACUCCACUGGCACCGGCCAGUUCUCUCAGGGCACUGAGCUCCAGGUUACCCAGCAAGUUCCCGGCAAGGGCGGUAACAUCAGGCCCAAUGGCCAGGUUCCUGGCGGCAAGCGAUCCUUGUGGGAGAGAGCCAUGAGCGUCAUUGAGAAGCGUGCCUCCAACGUCAACAAGGACUUCCCCAUGGCCUUCUCCGUUCCCGCUGGCACCACCUGCACCGGUACCAUGGGUGGCCAGAGCAACGUCUGCCUGGUCAAGAUCGCCAACUCCAACGGCGCUGGCCCCUUCGGAGGUGUUGUGCCCAUCCAGAUUGCCCCUGGCGGUGCCGCCACCAACUCUAACCCGGCCGCUGCUCCGGCCGCCAAGCGCGAAGUUGAGUUCCAGGCGUAAGAUGCGAACAGCAUCGAUGCUCGUAUACGGCUUGGGGGAUUGGAACACAAAGAUUGUUGUUCAAGGCCCCUGGUGGGCAGCUUUUAAGAUUGCUGAACGGGUGGAAGCUGCAAUUAGUUAGCUGCUAGCUCUAGUCUAGUGAGCCCA